GCACAGUGCUGUAGGAGGGCUGGUGUGUGGACGCAGUCACUCGCUCCCCUCUCUCUCUUUCUCUCUCUCUCUCAGUUGUAGAAAGGACACGGACUGAGGAGGCUGAGCUCCACAUUUCAGCAGCGGAGCUCAGAUCUUACCGGGAUAAACUGGCCAAGGAGAGGAGAACUUGCAGAAGCGCUGCGUAAAGACGCACGUAAAGAGUUUUAUUCAAGACGGUGCUACAGUUUAACCAAGAAGGGACUCUGAACUAGGGGGCACGUUUUAUCUAUAUCAAGCUCCUUCUCUCAUUCUCUCGCCACAUCGGAUCUUUUUUUUUUACACCAUCAGAGCGAGAAACGACAAAUCCACUUUCUCGCUCUCCGUUUGGUUUUCUUUCUCUCCAUGGAUUUAGCACUCUGAGCGACCGGCUGCAGUGGACUUUGUCCCGGGGAUCACAACUCCUUCCUCCGGUCACCAAGAGAACCAGUUGUCGUUCAUGUUCCAGAGGGCUGUUUUUGAUGGAUUUAUAAGGUCGACUCCGUGUUCAGACGGAUUCAAAACAAGACUCGCUCACAGACUGCUUUGGAAAGGGAUACAGCGGGAAUAAUAUAGCUCCAAAUGAGGAUUUCAAUAUUCAGUCGUAUCGACCGGGACAAGGAGUGAUUCCCCCUCUGGUUCCAGUCAUCACGGCCAGGACAGACCGAGAGGAAAGGAUCCAGAUUUAGAGACUUUGUGGGUUUCUGAAACUGCCAAUGCCAGGGACCGGAGUGUGAGGCCCACUCAAGGCUUCCAACAUAUAUUUCUACCUUUCAAACACAAGACACACGUCACAUCUAGAAGAUGGCGAGGGUCUGCACAUUCUGUGUUCUCCUGCUAUGUUUGAUGGAAAGAGUCUCGACCAGGGCCAUUGACGAAAGAAGAACUAAAGAUCUACGGGUCUCCAGGCCUCUGAUUGUACCAGGUUACCCAGAGAACACCACAGGGGUGGUGGGUGGUCAGGUGAAGCUGGUGUGUAAAGUCCACAGGCCGGCAUCCACCAAGGUGCAGUGGCUGAAGUCAGAAGUCAGUCAGGGAGGACCUCCUCGGCUCAGAGCUCUGACGGGCCUGCAGAACAACGCGUCCAAGUUGAACACCCUGCAUCUGUCCAACAUCACUGUGGAGGAUGCAGGAGAGUACAUCUGCAUGGCCGAGAGCACCCACUCAGGACAGACAGUACAGGCCAUGCAGUCAGCAUGGCUGGACGUCCUGCCUGGUACUAUAAUUUCCAGAACGGUGGACCUAACUGCUGCUGAAAUCCCACCAGAUGUUCUUGAGGACCUGAGUGAAGACACCACAGAGCAUCUUCUGCUAGAGCCGGGCAACGUGCUGAAACUGCGCUGUGACAUGAACACCCGGCCCGGCAUGGCGGUGAACUGGUACAAGGAGGGAAUCCGGAUUCUGCCCACACCCCGGAUCCAGAUGCGCAGUGCCGUCAUGGAGAUCACAGAUGUAACAUAUGAGGAUUCAGGUGUUUAUGUUUGUGUUCUCCGGGGAACCAAAGAGCCUGUGAGAAACUUCACCAUCACUGUAACAGACUCGUUGGGGUCAGGAGACGAUGACGAGGACAACGGCUUGGAGGACUCUUCGGCUGAGAUUGAAAAUGACCAGGUGUACUACUCCAGAGGUCCCUAUUGGACGCACACCCAGCGUAUGGAGAAGAAGCUGUAUGCUGUUCCUGCAGGCAACACGGUGAAGUUUCGUUGUCCGGCCAUGGGCAGCCCCAUGCCAAGCAUCCGCUGGCUCAAAAAUGGACGUGAAUUUAGAGGAGAGCAUCGCAUUGGGGGCAUUAAGCUGAGACACCAACACUGGAGCCUGGUGAUGGAGAGCGUUGUUCCUUCAGACAGAGGAAACUACACCUGCAUGGUGGAGAACAAAUAUGGUUCCAUCUCUCACAGCUACGUCCUGGAUGUCCUGGAGCGCUCCCCCCACAGGCCCAUCCUGCAGGCCGGUCUACCAGCCAACACUACAGCAGUGGUGGGCAGUGAUGUCCAGUUCCAUUGUAAAGUCUACAGCGACGCCCAACCUCACAUUCAGUGGCUCAAGCACAUCGAAAGAAACGGCAGCCGCUAUGGUCCUGACGGGACGCCUUAUGUGCAGGUCCUCAAGACUGGCAGUCUGAACAUGUCAGAGGUGGAGGUGCUCUACCUGUCCAAAGUUACAAUGGAGGAUGCAGGAGAGUAUACCUGUCUGGCUGGAAAUUCAAUUGGUUUUGCCCACCAAUCCGCUUGGCUGACCGUCCUCUCAGAAGAGGAAGCAGCAGAUGCUAUGGACACCAUGGAAACCAAGUACACCGACAUCAUCAUCUACGCCUGUGGUUUCCUGGCUCUGAUCAUGGCCAUAGUCAUCGUGGUGUUGUGUCGAAUGCAGGUCCAUCCCAGAAGGGAGCCAUUUGAUGCUCUCCCUGUCCAGAAGCUCUCCAAGUUCCCUCUUCGCAGACAGUACUCAGUCGAGUCCAACUCAUCAGGGAAGUCCAGUGCGUCUCUGAUGCGGGUGGCUCGCCUUUCAUCCAGCUGCUCUCCCAUGCUGGCUGGAGUUAUGGAGUUUGAGUUGCCCUAUGACCCAGACUGGGAAUUCCCCAGAGAGAAUUUAACACUGGGCAAACCUCUAGGAGAAGGCUGCUUUGGUCAGGUGGUCAGAGCUGAGGCCUACGGCAUCAACAAGGACUGCACAGACCAGGCCACCACUGUGGCGGUUAAGAUGCUCAAAGAUGAUGCUACAGACAAAGAUCUGGCAGAUCUCAUCUCAGAGAUGGAGCUGAUGAAGGUGAUGGACAAACACAAGAACAUCAUCAACCUUCUGGGAGUCUGCACACAGGAUGGCCCUCUGUAUGUGCUGGUGGAGUACGCCUCCAAAGGCAGUCUCAGAGAGUACCUGCGUGCCCGGCGACCCCCAGGCAUGGACUACACCUUUGAUGUGACCAAGGUGCCUGAGGAGCAACUCACCUUCAAAGACCUGCUGUCCUGUGCCUACCAGGUGGCCAGAGGGAUGGAGUACCUGGCCUCUAAAAGGUGCAUCCACAGAGAUUUGGCAGCCAGGAACGUUCUGGUGACGGAGGACAACGUGAUGAAGAUCGCUGACUUUGGCCUGGCCAGAGGAGUCCACCAGAUCGACUACUACAAGAAAACCACCAACGGACGCCUGCCGGUGAAGUGGAUGGCACCAGAAGCCUUGUUUGACAGAGUCUACACACACCAGAGUGACGUGUGGUCGUUUGGCGUUCUGAUGUGGGAGAUCUUCACGCUGGGUGGCUCACCGUAUCCCGGGAUCCCUGUUGAGGAGCUCUUCAAGCUGCUGAAAGAAGGACAUCGAAUGGACAAACCCUCCAACUGCACACAUGAACUCUACAUGAUGAUGCGUGAGUGCUGGCAUGCUGUUCCCACCCAGAGACCAACCUUCAAACAGCUGGUGGAGGAGCUGGACAGAGUGCUGCUGUCCAUCUCUGACGAGUACUUGGACCUGUCAACACCCUUCGAGCAGUACUCCCCAUCAUGCGAGGACACGUCUAGCUCCUGCUCCUCUGACAACGACUCCGUUUUUACCCACGAUGCUUUGUCCACUGACCCCUGUCUCUUGGGCUACCAGGAUGUGCGAUCCCGGAUAGACAUGAAGACGGCGCUCCGAUAGGCACCCAAACAUAUAUACACACAACACUACCAGUGGGCAAACACUACUUUGGGCUUUCAAGUAAAGCAACACAUCCACUGGUGGCCAUACUGGAGGUCCGCUACAGCAUUUUUAAAGUUAAGUUAAAGUUUUUAUUCUUGUUAAGUUUUACAUUGGACCUCCAUUAUGGCACCAGAUGCAGCCUUUAGAUAUAAGUGGGCAUCUUUUACACACACAGACAUACAUAUGUGUGCACAUGGAGCACUGAGGCUGGUGGGCUUCAUUACAUGAUGGAGUUUUGUAGGAAAACAUUUCAUUGGGGUCAGAAGAACGAGCAGAAGAAAAGACAAGAAACAAAACAUGGUACUUUGGACUAUCAGCUCUGGCACUGUGCCCAAGAACAGUUGUAACAUUGGAAAACUGCGGCACUAAACCCAACAGAAGAGACCCCGGUACUCAAAACAGCUUGAAAUGCUUUCUUUGAUCAACUCUCCUUCAGAGAGGCGACGGACAAUGAUGUUCUCACUCAAACUCAACCCAAAACCAGGGCUUGAACCCUUGGUGAUAAAGACAUUUUAACAAGAAAAAAAAAGAUUUAUUUUGCUAUGAUAAAAAAAGAAGAAACUGAUUGUUAAAUAUAAAUCUCUCUAUAUAAGAUUAUUUUACUUUUGUGAUGCUUAUUUAAAAAGAAAACGGUCUUAAAUCUCAGGAUCUCUCAUGCUAAGAAGUUGCUGUAGCAGCAGCAAAGUGCCUGAAUUUAUGAUUUCCUGUGAAUAUAUUAGAAUAUUAAGAUAUUGUAUGUACAUAUCAACAACAGAAAGACGAUUGCCUUUUAUAAAUUAUUCUGAAUGACACAAAAAUUAAGGUUAUUGGAGGCAAAAGGAGAGAGAAAUUUAAUCAAGUGUUUCAAGUGCCAAACCUGUCACAGCUGUCACACUGUCUUCAUGUUCAGGUUUCAUUCCAAAAUACCACCAUAUUCAAUGUAGGACAAACAUUUGUAACUAAUAACUUCGAUUAAAGUCACUUUCACUUUCCAAAUAUAAAUCUAGACACAAUAUUGGAGCCCCAGUCAUCCAAAAUCAUGAACUAACAGUAGAUGCUGUGAAAAUUAGGUUUGAAUAAGCAACCUUUUGCAAACUUUUUGUCUAAAAACCAGCCUGUAUUUUGAGUUAUGACUGAUUGAGAAACACAAAUUACCUAAUUUUCCAGCAACUCAGAUGAUUGUGGUGAAAAAAGAAAUAUGGAUUGGGCCUUAAAAAAUGUCUCAAACCUGGGAAAUUUUGGAAUGAAACCCUCCAUUUGUAAUUUUGUAGUAAACUGCUGCAGCCUCCAGCCCAAGAAAACAAUUUGUGGGUAAAUAGGAGCCCAGUUAUUGUUGCUGUUGUUGGACCACAAAUUUGCAAAACUUUUUGGAUAUGAAGAAAAAAACCCAUAGCUUCUCAAAAACUUUAAUAUGUUUUGAACAUGUCUCCAAACCCCAAAGGUCAUGAUCAUUUACAAGUUAAAAACAACCACAUAAACUUUGAGACAACAUCUUGUGGUCUUCCUCGAACAACAGCUUUACUCAUUCAGCCUUUGCCUACAUUGCUGCUUUGUCAGAGACAGUGUGUCCACGGUGGGACUCACCCUGAAAGGAGGGCUGACGAUUCAGCAUGAGGACUCGGUGGGGAGCUGGCCAUGGCCCACUGUCACUGCUGACAUGGAGAGGAGGGCAGGGAGGGGGACACUGAAUGUGAAAGCCAGUGUGAUUGAUUUCAAAUAGAGGAGAAGGGGGAGGGACUCUCCUUUGUCUGGCUGUAACCCUUCACCCAACCCAAUCUGUUGGCGAGGGGUCCUCAGGUCCGCAGCCUGGCCGGACAAUGAAGGCUUUGCAGGCUUAAUGGGUGUGACUACGGACCAGAGGGAGUUUUGGGGGUGGUGGUGUGGGGAUAGCUUGGGCUUGUGUGCAAAUGAAGGGGCUCUUAUUAUGGUAAUGUCUCUUCUUCUCUCCCAAAUGCCCCUAUCUUUAUCCAUAGCCUCUACCUUUUAAAUUACAAAUCUUAAUUCACAUUCGCUGCUCCGCCAGUGCCACCAGGGCCAGCUGCAGAAAUUCCCCUGUGGGGUAAAAUGCCAACUGAGUCCCAGUCUGCCUCCUGAAUCUGACCACAGACAAAACAAUGGAGACACAAACAAAUUAACCACUGACGGCUGUUGUGUUGGAAGAGAGAUCCAAACAAAAGAAAUUACAUUGUAUGAUCUGAUAAAAUAUCUUACUCUUACAGAUCUUUGAUCCCUCACAGGUCAACACUGUCAUGUCAGAAUUCACCAAAGUCCAUGUGGAAACACAAAACAAAUUUAUCUACAAAUUGCAUUGAUCCAUUAAAAUGAAUUGAUUUCAGUCCUAAAUUUGAUUGUUAUAAAGCUAGUGAAAACAUGGCAUCCUUUCAGCUUCCUGAAAGAAAUUUCAUUUGGCCAAUUUCGGCAUCACAACUCUUAGUGCUCCGUUACCCUCUGGUCCUUUUUUUUUCCCUUUCAGAUGUUGGAGAGUUUGAAGAAAAUUCAAAAGGUUUCAUUCCAAAAUGCCUUAAAUUCAUCAUCCAGUUAUCUUACUGUGUGUGAAACCAGUCAACAUUAAUGUGUCUGCUCUGCUCAUUUGUUUGCGUUUUAUGCCGCCAAUCAUCUUGUGACAGCUGGCGUCACUGAUGGAUAUCUAAUUUUGGGAUGAAGCUCUUACAUUUACAUAAAGUGUCCGGAUACAUUUGCAUCUUUACAUUCCAUUUAACCCAGAUACAAACUGUAAACAAUCACAACGUUCUUAAAACAUUUCCUCAAGAGAAUUAUUUUAGAAAUAUCUAAUUUAUUUGUUUAUUGUUUUUGUUUUUAUAUGAAAUAAAGUAUAAUUUAAAAUAAAGUGGCUCUGCGUCU